AUGACAGUUUUACACCUUGCGCCUUGCGCUGUUCUUCGCAGCCACCCGCAUCUACCAUCACGGCCCGGCAUGGCGAUGUACAGUUUCCUCACUGUUCUGGCAAUGGCUUGGCUCGCAGCCGGCGAGCCAACCAAUCUGGCAUCUGGCAAUGGUACUGGCGAGGCUAGUGGCAACUUACGCAAGCCACCUCAAUUGCCGCCCGAUGUGCCGACUGCUAGUGGACCGAGCUGCCUCUGCGUCUUUGAUAUUGACAGGACGCUGACGGGAAAGCAGGGAACUGCCAGAAAUGAUUGUCCCGCGGACAAGGAGAUCUUUGGCGUUUGGGACACGGCAUAUGGCCUUGGCUUUCUCACCAUCUCAGAAGCAGGCCAGAAUCUGCAGAACACAUUCUGCAAGAAGUGCUACAUGGGAAUUGUCUCACAUGGCAUUGCCACAGGGCGCAACUCAGGAAAGCGGAGCUACUUGCUCCAGCACGUGCUUGUUAGCAAGCCCUUCCAGGCAUUGCUUCACUCAAACGUUCAAGCCGCCCAGUGGAGUAUUGGGACCGUGCAUUCACCGCUGGUGCUUGGCUGGCCUGAUGGGGAGAAGCAGAACGCGGUGUCUGAUAUUGUGAGGUGGUACAAGCAGCAAGGCAUUGACGUCUUAGACCAGGACGUCUACUUCUUCGGGGACCGCACUGAGAACAUCCCACCUUUCAACUCAACAAACUUCAAUGCCCGGGAGAUUUCGUGUGCUUCUCGCGACAUGAGCCAUGGUGAUGGAAUCAUCGGGCUUUGUGGUGCCACAAGAGACGAAAUCGUGGACGUGAAGGGCGUCUUUGGCUGCUUGUAG